CCCACUUUUCAGCCCACCUUCUUUCUUUCCCAAAUAACGCCCGCUAUUUCCUCCACCCCAUCCCCUCACCUUUCUUCCUUCUCUCACCUUUGAUCCCAAUACAUAUAUUUCCUUUGCUCCCUCUUAACAGCCAGCUCACCCGCAUUGUCGACACUCACUCCUUCAGGCGCUCUUCUUGACCACCGCCAGAAAGCACUCGCGCUCGAUCCGCUCCAGCCCUUUCUUUCUUUUGCCACCAGGAUCCCCACCAACAGAACACAAACCGAUGUCAAGCAACAAUCUGCGUCCCUCACAGUCCUCGGCCACCCUGACCGAUGACGCUCAAAUUCGCAACCAGCGAAUCCACGUCCUUGCCAACUCUUCCUCCAAUGCCUCGCUCAAUACUUCGACCACAGCUUCUCCUACACUUACGCACCGCCCCUUCGUCAAUGCUGCCUUCCGUUCUUCCGAAAGCCACGCACAAGGGAGCCUGUUUGAGUCUCAAGGACAUCACCCAACAUCGACCAAUCCUCUCUUCCUGCGUGGCCCAUGGUUCAAGGAUCACAGUGGCCGCACUGUGACCCUGCGCGGGGUCAACCUGUCAGGCGCAUCUAAGACGCCAGUAAACUGUCCGUCGCACCAGGCUGAGGGUUUCCUGGACAAUGACGGAACAGAGGUUUCGUUCAUUGGCCGACCCUUCCCGCUCGAGGACGCAGACGAACACCUAGCCCGUCUCAAGCACUGGGGGUUCAAUCUGUUGCGAUUCAUUGUCACCUGGGAGGCAAUCGAGCAUGCUGGACCUGGCAAGUACGAUUACGAUUUCUUCGAGUACCUCGUCAAGGUGCUUUAUAAGUGCAAGCAAUACGGCUUUAAAUGCUUCAUUGACCCUCAUCAGGAUGUGUGGUCAAGGUUUUCCGGAGGAUCAGGCGCACCACUGUGGACCCUAUACCUAGCUGGACUCGAUCCCAGCUGCUUCCCGCAAACAAAUGCCGCUCUGGUCCAGAACUUCUACGAAGAUCCUGAGAACUAUCCAAAAAUGGUUUGGGCAACGAACUACAACAAAUUGGCGGCAGCGACCAUGUUCACGCUCUUCUUCGCAGGAUCCACCUUUGCACCUGACUGCGUCGUCAAUCAAAUGAAUAUUCAGGACUACCUUCAGACUCAUUACAUCAAGAGUUACAUGGCCCUAGCAGAAUAUAUCAACAAGCAGCACGGGAUUGAGGACGACGUUGUAGUUGGGUACGACACUUUGAAUGAGCCGUCAGCCGGAUGGAUUGGCGUGGAGGAUAUCACAAAAUUUCCUCAUCACCAGGAACUGAAGAAGGACGCUACUCCCACUCCGUUGCAGGCCAUGCUUCUCGGGCAAGGUUCCAAACAGACGGUCGAGUUUUGGGUGUCGACAUUUUUUGGACCCAAACGAAGAGGGUCAAGAACGAUCGACCCUGAAGGCGUCACCGCCUGGCUCAGCCCGGAGCAGCGUGAUGAAAAGGACAAGAGAUUCGGAUGGAAACGCUCGAAGGAGUAUCCAAAGGCCGGAGAGUGUAUAUGGGCCCAUCAUGGUGUCUGGGACAUGUCAACACAGCAGGCCCUGAACUCAGAGUACUUCUACAAGGACCCUAAGACCGGCGAAAAGUACGAAUUUGACUCGAGGUCGUUCUUGCCUUUCUGCAGACGUUAUGCGCAGGCCAUUCGAACGAUCCACAAUGCAGCCAUCAUCUUUUUGGAGCCUCCCGUCAACGAAAUUCCACCCUCGCUUCCGCCGCCCCACGACGAUGAAGACGUGGCCCACUUUGACAUCACGUCCCGUGUGGUCUAUGCACCUCACUGGUACGAUGGACUGACGCUUUUGAACAAACGCUGGAACUUUUUCAAUGUGGAUUAUCUGGGUGUGAAGCGCGGCCGAUACCCCAACUACGCUGCUGCUAUCAAGAUCGGCGAGAAGGCCAUCAAGGAAUGCUUCAGGGAACAGCUUGCCAGCAUCAAGGAGGAGGGUCAGCAGGCCAUUGGACAGCAUCCAACACUUAUCGGAGAAAUCGGAAUCCCGUACGAUAUGAACGAUGGUAAGGCGUACAAGCCCAACGGCAACUACAAGGACCAGAUCAAGGCCAUGGAUGCCAACAUGUAUGCUCUGGAAUCCAAUCACCUCAACUUCACACUAUGGAAUUACUGCCCGGACAACUCGCACAAGUGGGGCGACCAAUGGAAUGGCGAGGACCUGUCACUUUGGAGCAAAGAUGACCUAGACAAAGAUCCCGGCCGACUUAGCAAGAAGAACAGCAAAUCCAGCCUCGCUAGCGACUCGCUCAGUCUCCGAGUGAUGGACUCGGACAACUCUAUGGCCUUGUCAGACAAUACCGUCAUUGAAUCGCAGGGUUCACCUUCGACGAAUUUGUCCGAUCGGAAGCAGUCGCCCGUGCAUGCCAGAGUGGCCAAAUUGUCCUCAUCAUCGUCGUCCUCUUCCAUGAAAUCUUCCAAGUCAUUAUCCUCAACGAUGUCCUCGAGCCAUGCUUUGCUCGAGGGUCAAGGUUUAAGUCCAGACGGAUCCAGCAACAAGCACCUCAACCUUGAUCAGGGCGGAAGGGCUGUAGUUGCAUUCUGUAGACCUUUUGCACAAAAGGUUGCCGGUAUUCCUUUGGAGUUGUCAUUCUCGCUGAACAAUAUUACCUUCAAGUUCUCGUUCAAGCGGACGCGCACGACCGAGCCCGGGGAUGCAUCCAAUCCACUGAACUCACCUAUGCCCGGCAAGAUCAAUGAACCGACCGAGAUUUAUCUGCCCCGGAUCCAUUUCCCAUGCGUGGAGGACUAUUUAAGCUCCCUCAGCACGUCGUCAAGCUCUGCGUCGGCCGAGAAAGACUCUGCUUGCUCGGUCACUGUUUCUGGUGGCCAUUACGAGUGGAAUCAUGACGAGCAGAUUUUGUACUGGUGGACUGAUGACGAUAACAGUGACAAGAGCUAUGGGCCUGGCGAGGACACCAAGACCCGACGCGCCCAAGAGGAAGAAGAGGAGGAUGUCUUUGAGAUUACUGUUGUAGGGAAGAAGUGGGCAGGUAACUCUGUGUCAAGUCGCUCAGGAAGUUUUUGGAGCACUAUCAGCCAGUGUUGCCGGCUCUCAUAGGCAGCAUAUAUUCUCGAUGUUUCUUUGUACAAGUAAACGGUUUUGAGCACAUGAUGUUUUUCCUGAAGCGCACCGAUCGUUAAUACUUUUCAAACAAAGGCACAUGAAGUAAUUGACAGGAGCAAUAAGCA